UCCGCGUACCAUAUAUUUUGUUUUUUUCUUGCUAUGUUUGUUUUCUCUCGAUUUCAAUUCUUGAGCUGAGUUCUUCACCAUCCAUUAGCGAAAGAGGGAAAAAUCUUUACAAUUUCUCUAGCAAUGUUUGGUGGUGGUAGUGGAGGAGGCAGUGUUUAUUGGGGAAGGAAGGGAGGUGAAUUCAAGGGAAUUGUAGUAUUAUUCGCUUGGAUUUCCAUUCCUCGGAAUCACUUGAAGAGCUACGUGGAUUUGUACUCCUCUCUUGGUUGGAAUUCCCUUGUUUCUCAUGCCGAUUUUCUCAGCGCAUUUUAUCCUGAAAAGGCCUUGUCGCUGGCAUAUAUUCUUCUCAAUGAACUUUUUGAGGAGCUAAGGAUUAGACCAUGCCCAAUUGUCUUUGUUGCUUUUUCUGGUGGUCCCAAAGCUUGCAUGUACAAGGUUUUCCAGAUCAUUCAAGGAACAUGUGGUGGUCAUAUUAAUCUGGACGAGAAUCGAUUGCUCAGAAAUUGUGUUUCUGGGCAUAUCUAUGACUCUAGCCCACUUGAUUUCACAAGUGAUUUGGGUGCCCAAUUUGCUUUGCCCCCUGCCAUUCAAAAGAUGCCGGGUCCUUCAAAACUUGUGUCUUGGUUUGCAAAAGGAGUUACUUCUGCCCUAGAUGGUUUAUAUCUUACCAGGUUUGAUUCCCAGCGUGCUGAGUAUUGGCAGACUUUGUAUUCUUCAGUUGAUUUUGGGGCUCCUUACCUAGUAUUAUUCUCAGAGACUGAUCACCUUGCACCUUACAGAAGUAUCUACAGAUUUGCUCAACGUCUACAAGAUCUUGGGGGAGAUGUUAAGCUUGUGAAGUGGAAUGUUUCGCCUCAUAUUGGUCAUUACAAGCAUUAUCCUAUCCAAUACAGGGCUGCUGUGACCAAUUUGCUUGAGAAGGCAGCUUCAGUUUAUUCUCGAAGAAUCCAGCAACUUAGAGCAGGAAAUGGCCUGGAUGGUAUGCAUGAUGAGAUUUCUGAAUUAAUCUGCAACCUCCAGAAAGCAGCAGUUUACUCAAACCAAAGCUUAAGAAGGGUUGCCGUUGAACCAGGUGAUCAUUUCUUUGUGCCAACUUCAACCGAAUAUCACAAUAAUAGAGAGUCAGAGCCUUUACAGGAUGGAAGAAAAGUAACAACUAUUUAUCUACCACCUUCCCCUAGCAUCAAUGCAAAUAGUGUUCUGGGGCAAUUGCUCUUUGAUGUUUGUGUCCCCAAGAAUGUUGAAGGCUGGGAUAUUAGAUUUUCAGGUUCUCUGAAUGGACAUCCAAUUGCUUCUGCCAGAAUGCACUCACCUGUCAAAGGUAUCAAAUGCAUUCGUCGCUCGAGAUUGUAGUUGCAUAUGGAUUUAUCUUGAGAGUAAAUUCUACCAGGCCUUGCAUGAAUGCCUUGAAAACCUGGAGAUCACAAGCAAAGACCAGUCCCUCUGAAUUCCGGAAAAAGAAGGUUGGCAACUGAGUUACGAAGGUGUGGUCUUUUGACAUUUUGUGUGACAACUAGGUAUAUAUAUCUUUUGCUCUAGCUUCUGGGCCAUUCUCCUGGUAUGAAGUGACAGGUAGAACAAGAAGCGGACGGCAUGUGUAUAGUGAAAUACAUGUUUGACAGAGGUGCCUUUAUAUGCAGUGUGGUAUGAAAAUAACAUGUAACAUAGGUCCUUAGAUAGGCUACUGUUUCUACCAGGAGAAAAACGAAGACCGUGCUAGCUAAAACUUCUUUUAGAAAUGGGUUCUCUUGGUGCCCUUUGAUCUUGUGAUGAUAGGACGUGGAGCUUUCUUCAUCAAGUGUAAAUAGUUGUGUAUGUAUGUCUUUUGGGUAAUUCAUAGAAUGACUCUUGACAAAAAUUAUUAAAUAUCCUCGUAUUUUCAUUGUGUAACAA